UUGCGCUGUGGAAAAAAACAAAAUUGUUCCGUGGAUUCAUGCCAAUUUGUGUAGACCGCAAUAAUUCGGCGUUCUUAUAGAAUAUUUCCAAAAUAGUACUAACUCGUAACAGCUGAAAAUCGUUUUGUGGUAUUUUUAUUGCGCCAGCCAGCCAACGACCUUUUUAACUCUGCGCGCACACAAAAAGCCUUCGCAGGUUCGCUGUAAUGUCUUUUCGUUCACGUUCACGCGCCUCCCAGCCGCUAGCUGGCUCUUCGCAUCGUCGUUCGCUCUCCAGUUCGCGUGCCACCUCUGCUUCGGGUGUGGGCGGCAGCGGCAGUGCCUACAACUACAAUGGCAGCAAUUACAAUAGCAAUCACCCAAAUGGAUAUAGCUCCAGUUCGCGUCCUUUGAGCACCGGUUACUAUCAGAAUGGCGUUGGCGCUGGCACAUCGUCGUCUUCGGCGGCAUCGUCUUCCUCCUACUAUCAGAGCCCGUAUGCGAGCAUUUAUGGUUCGCGUGACAAUCUCUACAGCACGGCCGGAAGUCGCGCAGCCGGUGGUGGUAGUGGUGGUGGCAGUUCCUACUAUUCGAACGGUAAAAGCGCUGGAAGUGGUGGUGGUGGCGGUGGGGCCAGUGGUUAUGAAUCGCGUUACCUUUCGAAUCCCUACAGUAGCGAUCGCUAUAUGAGUCCCUACACUAGCUACGACAAUGGCGUGACUACGGCUUCGCUCAGCUUGAAUAUGGGUAGCGGUGCUGGCAAGUCCAACUCCUUCAAAGGUAGCUCCAGUUCAUCGUAUAGAAGCACGCCAAGCAGCGCACGCUCAGCGCCAAGUCUGCUGAAGACUAAAUCGAUCUCCAAUUCGAAUAGCAAUUUGAACUCCUACGGCGGCAGCACCGCAUCAGCAUCCGGUGGUUCAAUGGCGGCAGCUGUUAAUAGUAGCAGUGUAGCGGCGAUGGCGGCAUUAGUUGGACGUAGUAAUUCCUUGCGCGAACAGGAACGCAAGUCGCGUAAUCGUUCACGUUCACGCAGUGCAGCGCAACGUUCGUUGAGCGCAUCUUCGGAGAAGAGUGAAGGUUAUGAAAGUGGCGGUGAACGUGCCGCUUCGCGUUCACGUUUAGGCAGUACCACCACCUCCAGCUCGAACUCCGCGACAGAUGAAAAUAAAGCACGUGAUAAGUCAGAGAAUGGCGAAGCCAUCGACUACAAGGCUCUAUGGGAGGCUGCAAAAUUGGAGAACGACAAACUAAAACAGCAAUUAAAGAAGAAGGAUGAAGAAAUCGUACAAAGUAGAGCAACACUCGAAAGAAUUACAAACGCAACAACUAAAAACUCACUCUCAGAGCUCGAAAAACGCGAAAGGAGAGCAAUGGAACGCAAACUUUCCGAAAUGGAAGAAGAGUUAAAGCUAUUGCAGAAGCUUAAGACUGAGAAUGAGCGUUUGCGUGCGGAGAAUCGUGCUCUCACGCGUGUCGUAUCCAAGUUGACCUCCUCAGCUCAGAGUCAACUAGCUAAAAAAUCAAAAUAAUUUUAAAAAUAAAAUGAAAUCAAAUCAAAAAUAAUACUCUUAAACUAAGGAAAUUAGUAAAUGAAAAAUUAUUAAUAUAUAUAUACAUAAUUCAUAUGCGCAUAUACACACGUACAUACAUACUAUUGUUAAAGAUAAGUGUUUAGAAGAACAAAAAAAAAGAGACUACAUAAAAGCAAGUGUUUCGAGAGACGGCGUAUAACUCUGGUGCCGAGUAAUGCUUACAGUAUUUAAACUCGUAUUGAACUGGAUAAUUUUUGUGCUGCAAAGAAAAUGACGCUGGUGGAAAGAAGCUUCCUAAGAGAGCUUUUAGUGGGAGCUGUGUAGUAUAAACUAUACUACAUACAAAUAAAUGAAUGAACACUCGUGUCGAGAUGCUGAAGUUUUGGAAAAAUUGCCACUUCUUGGCUCCGGUUCUAUCAGCAUAGGCAGCAAACAUAUCAGCAAUGAUUACACUGGAAAUUUAUAAACUGUUAUUGCACAAUUCCACAAUGGAUAUCAACUGGAUUAGGAGCAUAAAAAAAAAAUGUUGGUGUUAAUAAGCUUGUAUGCCUCUUGCCAAGCUACAACGUACGCGCGCUGACUUUGAAAACCGUCGGAACGAUUACGCAGCUUUCAUUGCUCUACCAAUAUACAUACACAUAGAUUUAUGUAUUUAAAAGUACAUUUAAUAUUGCUUGCAUAUCAUAACUGCACAAUAAUCGAAUAAAAAAUAACCUAAAACU